AUGGAACCCCCACAAAAAAAACGAUCUCAUGAAUCGCAUGAAUGUUUCGAUAAUGAGAAUGAUAGUCUGAGGACACCAACUAUAACAUUCGAAAACUGGCCCAGAUUCCUGGUAAUCUCUACUUUGGAUGGCACUCCUCUCAAACUCAACCCGUUUGCCGUUGAAAAGGCCGUACAAGGUAUAGCAGGGGAUGUUGAGGAUGCCAAACGACUACGCAGUGGAUGCUUGUUGAUAAAAUGUAGGCGACACAAGCAAGCCAUUUGCCUUCUUUCAAUUAAGUCCCUUGCCAAUGUUCCUGUUGUGGUGUCCCCUCACAGGUGCCUGAACAGCAGCAAAGGUAUAGUAAGAGAUAGAGGUCGUUUCCUUGCUGAUAUGACCGAGGAUGAAAUUUUGGAAGAACUACACAACCAAAAUGUCAUAUCUGUGAAACGUUUUUCAUCAAAGAGGAAUGGUGAGGUCAUUAAGACCAAUACAUACCUCUUCACUUUCGGUCUCCCAAAAAUCCCAACCUCAAUCAGAGCAGGUUAUUGUAACAUCAAUGUUGAUAUGUACAUCCCUAACCCACUGCGAUGCUACAAGUGUCAGCAGUAUGGUCAUGGUUCAAGAACAUGUGUCAAACAACCUGUUUGUCAUAGAUGUGCUGGCAACUGUGUGGACAGUGCCGAUUGUAACAAAGAUCCUCUCUGUGUCAGCUGUGGCGGAAACCAUUUUUCCUCGUCCAAAGAAUGUCCAACUUUCAAACGUGAAUCAAAAAUUGUAAAAUUGAAACACGAAAGAAAUAUUUCAUUUCCAGAUGCAAAGAAGAUUGUUAUGGAUGAAGAACAGUCUCCUCGCGGUUCUUACUCCGUAGCUGUUUCCAGACCAAUCUCACAACCUGCUCCUCAACGUGUUAAACAAGCUGUUUCAUGCGUAGCUGUUGGAUGUCAAACGGACUUCACCUGGACCAAAACGGAUGCUCCUGAAGUGAUUUCUCUAUCUGCGGAUUCCACAAUCAUAUUAGAAACCGCCAGUUCACAAACUUCUCACGACCAAUCACCAUCUCAGUUGCCUCCAACACUGCAAGCAGAAAAAAGUGUAAAACAGGUGGUCAAAAACAAAAACAAACCCAAAUCAGAAUCAUCAAAAAAGUAUCUGAGUGGCAGGGUAUCAAAAGGAUCAGACAACAAGAUCCAAAUAUUCAACAAGUUUGGAUCUCUCGAAGACAUGGAUGUGUCUGACAGCAGCCAUCAGAGGGCACAUAGCUUGUCACCCUUAAAGAAAGGGCGGGGUAGAUCCCCAAUUAAACUUCCAAAUAGAUAA